AUGGGUAUCAGCAAGUCCGAUCCUAUCAUCAUCGUCGGCGCCGGCGCCUUCGGCCUCUCGACGGCCUAUCACCUCACCCUGGCGGGAUACACGGACAUUUCUGUUUACGACAAGCACGAGACAAUACCCCCGCAAGACUCUGCCGCCAAUGACAUCAACAAGAUUCUGAGGGCGGAAUAUGAGGACCCGUUCUACACCGAUCUUACCCUCGAAGCUAUCAAGGCCUGGAAGACGCCACUUUUUGCGCCGCAUUUCCAUCAGGUCGGCUUUCUUCACUGUGUCUCGGGUAAGGCCCCUGACAGGGCCAUUGAGACGCUCAAGAGAUUCCAAAAGGCCGCGGAAAUCAACCCGGUCUUGGCUAAGCAUGUUAUCCCAAUCGAAGGUGGCAAGGACAUUGAGGAGAACGUCUGGCAGUACAAGGCCGGACACUGUUCCGGGUGGAAGGGCUAUCUCAACACGUUUGAUGGGUACGUCCAUUCUGGGAACGCCCUGAUCGCCCUGUACAAGGCGACGCAGGUACGAGGCGUCAAGUACUUCCUCGGCCAGCACGGCGGCGUGAGGGAGAUUGUUUACCAGAACACCCCGGGAGGCAGGAAAGCCACCGGUAUCAGGACGCAGCAGGGCCGCCAUGUACCGGCGAAGCUCGUUAUCGUCGCAGUCGGCGCUGCUGCCGCGCGGCUGGUGCCAGAGUGCGGCAAGCAGGUGGUCGCCAAGUCGUGGUCCGUUGCACACGUCCAUCUCACUGAAGACGAGACAUCCGCCCUGCGUGGCAUCCCCGUCACCUAUGCCCGCGACUACGGCUUCUACUUCGAGCCUGACCCGAAGACCAACCUCCUCAAGCUGUGCCCCAUGGGCGGUGGGUACGUGAACACGGAUCCCAAGACCGGUGUCUCACUCCCGCCUUCACAUGCCGAGAGCGCCUUCAUGCCCCUGCACGACCAGGAGAAGGUGCGGCAGCUGCUCCGAGAGACGCUGCCAGAGCUUGCCGACAGGCCUCUGGUGAAGCAGUCUCUCUGCUGGUUUGCCGACACCAAUGACUCGGACUUCAUCAUCGACUACGUCCCCAAAUCGAGCUCGUCGGUGGUGUUGAUGUCUGGUGAUUCCGGGCACGCCGCCAAGCUUAUCCCCCUGAUCGGAGACUGGGUGAAGAACCUGCUCGAGGCCGCGGACGGGAAGCAACCCGUUGACAAGUGGCGCUGGAAGGACGUCGGCGGCGAUGACGGCAAGUGGGGAGACACUGUCAGCUGGCGUCUCGGAAACACCAUGGAGUUUGCAGAGCUGCAGAACCCCAAGGCCUCCAAGUUGUAG